UGUCCCUGUUCUAUAAAUCCUUCGGUUUGAAUAUGAAAUGUUCCUGGUAUCUUCGGCAAUGGCCUUUUUCUCGUUUCUUCAAAACCUGCCAAUUUUUGCCGAACCUUUUGUACCUAAGUUCCACCCCUAUUGUUACAGCUCAAACUAUUGCAGAGAAGCUUGUUCCUGCUCUGGAUCCAAGUGUAUCCUCCUACCCUUAAACGACGUCACCAGGGCAGAAAUUCUCCUCCACCACAACAAAAUCAGGAACCUCCAAACGAAAAACCUUCCACAACCAUCUGGGCUUGCUCUUCUCGAGUACGACCUGGAGCUGGAAGAGAUUUCAUCCUGCUGGGCUUCCAGAUGCGAAGACACAGUUUCCGACUGUUUCAGAACUCCCAGAUUUUCCACAGUGUCACAAACUGUCGGACAAAUCAUCCUUGAAGAAGACGAUUUACCAGAUGCCGAGCAAUGGACACAGAUCAUGAACACUUGGCUGGUCCUUCUGGAGGAGCUGCCCUUGGAGAUGCUGUACGUCGCUGGGGAAAACAAUUUAUCUGAGCACAAUUUGGCGCAAAUUCUGAGCGAUAAAAUACUAUUCGUCGGUUGCGCUUGGAGCAUCUCCAACGGCUGGGUUUUCUUCGUUUGUUCUUAUGGACCAAAGGGUCCUUCGCCAGGUGAGGAGAUCUAUAAGGUUGGAGAACACUGUUCAACAUGCCCGGAAGGUUACGAAUGUUUCGCAGAUGAACCACUGGAGAGGCUUUGCAAGUCCGAAUCUUACAAGGAUAUGGAGAGAACAGAGAAAACUGAUGAUGAGAUUGAGGAAAGAAAUGAAGGUUUUUCUCGACACAAACCCAAAUUUUUCAGAAUUAGAUCUCCACGGGCUGGAAAACAGAUAGCAACGAAAAAAAGGAGGAGAGAUGGCCUACAAAUCGUUAUUGGCACUAGUGUUUUUAUAGUGUUGUCCUUAUUUUUUGCAUUAUUCGGUGCGUAUUCUUUCAUAAUGUCAAGGAUAUAUACUGAGCCGUUUUCUACUGAAGAAAUACAGAAAUGUUUCAAUCUCACCGAAUGGCUCUCUGGAGCAGUUCGUAGUGGUUUUAUUGUGGUUGUUUCUGUUGGCGGAAGAAAAAGACUACUUGGUGUAGUUUGCGGCCUUGAAUGUGUGGGCCAUAGAUUAUCUUUGUCGGUAGGGUCGUUUGGAAAUCGUGAAGGUGGAAGGGAGGGAGGUUUCAAAAGGUCAAGGGGCUUAGUUGUAUCAGAAGAAUCGUCUGGAAACCUAAAAGGAGGAAGGGAAGGAGGGAGAGAGGUUGGUGCUGCAGGUACCACCAUGGCUUCCAAGAACGGUGUUGAAUACUCCUCAAAACUGAUGAAGCCAAGUUUCAUACCAUAUUGCACAACAAGGGACAGAUGUCAACCAGCAUGCUCGUGUGAAAUUUUACCUAACUGCGAAUUGUUGAAUAUGGAUAACACCACCAGAGAAUCUAUUUUAUUCUAUCACAACCAGAUAAGGGGCAUACAGACUAGGGCUGAACCCCAACCCGGUGGUAUGGCAAUGUUGAAGUACGACGAUCAACUAGAAGAAUUAUCCAAAUGCUGGGCAGCCAGAUGCGAAAACGAUUAUUCGGAAUGUUUUCUGUCUCCAAACUACCCUGAAACCUCCAUGUCAGUCACCCAACUCCAACUGGGCAAGGGGCAAAACCCCACAAAUAUUUUAUGGAUACAAGUGAUAAAUCACUGGUUGGGAAACACAAAAUAUCUGUCUGUCGAAACGAUCAAUAGUAUGCCGGCAGGAGAAAAAGGCGAAAUUUUGAGAAACUACGCUCAACUCAUGUGUGACAGGAUAUUGUCCAUAGGGUGUGCUUGGAGUAAAACCGAAGAGAUUUUGACAUGCGUCUGUACUUACGGACCAAGAGGCCCCAUGCAAGGAGAACCGAUAUAUAGGGCUGGAACACCUUGUACUUUAUGUCCUAAGAACUACGCAUGCGAUAACGAGAAACCGUUCGAGAACUUAUGCAAAGAAGUCACGCCAACAACCCCAGAAGUUUUAGAGACUCCCCCAUCACCUCCUCCCAGCCCUUCCAGGAAAAAUUAUAAUAUAAUGAGAUCACAAUAUCUCCCACCACGCUUGCGUUCAGACAGAAUACGAGUGCGAUCGCAGUCGAUACCAGAUGAGGAACAAUUAGAAAUAGAAUACGAGCCCCCACAGCAAUCUCCAGACAUAGAGUUGGUGGCCCAAUUCGAACCAAUGCAGGAUUCUCGACCUCCUCCGUAUCUCGUAGAAGAAAAUGUCACAGAAGAUCCAAUACCUCCAUACCCACCUCAUUUGCCACCAGAACCGUCGGAAUACCCAACUCCAAACACCUCACCUAGACCAACACAAGGACACGCUCCUCAGCCACCUCCAGCUUUGCCUAAACGACCAGGAACAUCGAAUUGGAUACCACCACCACCUCCCUUGCCCCAUUUGCCACUGCGCGACAUACCUGAGGAUAAAAAGAACGUUUCAGCUAUUCUGACAACAACUGGAUUAUCGGCGCAAACAACGAUUCAGGAACAAAUGCGACCAAUUUUUCUCUACACGGCACUGACAUGUUUGUAUUCGAGCUUUUAUACUCUCGCAUUAGAUAUAGUAAAACCCGACUAUGUACCCUAUUGUACAACGAGGGAUAAGUGCAAGAUAGCUUGCAGCUGUCAAAUGGCUACGAAUUGUUCGGUACUAGAGUUGGACGAUGGAGCAAGAAAGAGUAUUCUCAACUACCACAAUCAGAUAAGAGAUAUCCAGAGUCGUGGAGAGCCCGAACCGGGUGGAAUGACAAUGUUACAGUACGAAGAUGAUCUGGAACAAGUAUCGAAAUGCUGGGCAGCAAGAUGCGAAGACGAAUAUUCCGAAUGCUUCAUCACGCCCAGAUUCAACGAGACCUCCCAGGCUGUCGUACAAAUCACGUUACAAGAAGGCAAUGAGCCGAAAGUGACUCUGCUGAUGCAAAUGAUGAACUUUUGGCUCGGACAAGCUAAAGCUAUCUCAGCGGAAAUGUUGAGCGACAUACCUGCUGGAGCAGAAGGUGAAAAAAUUCAUAAUUUCGCGCAGUUACUCAGCGAUCGUAUACGUUAUGUGGGAUGUGCGUGGAGUAGAUUGGAUCAAGUGGUCACUUUCGUGUGUAGUUACGGUCCCAGAGGUCCGAUACAAGGUGAAUCUAUCUAUAAAAUAGGAAGGCCGUGUUCACUGUGUCCCGAGAAUUACGCUUGCGAUAAUGUGAAACCUUUCUCUCGGCUAUGUAAACAAGUACCUGGGUAUCCUCCGACUGUUGCAACUCCACCCUCACCUCCACCAAUGCCGUCGACGCCGUUAGAAACAGCACCACCUUUUCCUCCACCGAGUCCACCUCAGACUACAACAACUGAAAUCACGGUUCCACCCAGUCUUCCUCCGUUUCAAACGCAACCUGUUAUUAUUCCUGUUCCCCAGUCUCCACCAACGCUUCCUUCUGUCGUGACCGCCCGAACUUGUCCAUUGAACCAGGCCCCUCCUCUUCAGCUUCCGCAGUCACCUCCUGCUUUACCUGAAGCUCAACCAUUACCUCCCCAAACUCCACCGCCAAAUCUUCCGCAAGCUCCGCCGGUUGCACAAACUUUGCCGCCACUAGCUCCUCAAGUUGCUCCACCGAUGCUACCGCAGACACCUCCGGCCGUACCACAAUCCCCACAAGGUGUUCAGCCCAUGUUACCCCCAGUACCCGCACAACCGAUGCAGGAAGCUCCUCCGAUGCUACCGAGUGCGCCUCUAGACCUACCUGGUCCUCCGCCAAUGCCACCACUUACACCUCCGCAAGGACCUCCACCAAGCCCACCAAGAGUUCCAUCUUACGGAAACGUUCGUUUCCUCCCGAUUUCGCCAAACCCACCACCUAUACCUCCAAGAACGCCUUCUAUGACAUACCAAGGGACAUAUCCAGGUUACCAACAACAAUCAUUUCCGUCCCUGAGAUCGAGAGGAAGAGAGCCACCAUUCCCUCCCCAGAUUCCCCUAGCAGAAAGAUUGGUACGGGAAGACGUAUUCGAUGUAUUCGACGUACAACCUCCUGUACCACCAAUUAAUAUACAAACUCAGACUUAUUUACCCCCACAACCACCACAACCCCCACCCUUACCUCAUUUGUUUAUUGGGACAUCUGCUCCUCGACCACGACCGUCGUUUGAGCAAUCCCAAACGCCACCUCCACCACCACCUCCUCAUACUUUUAUAGGAACUCCACCACCACUUCCCAAAAUUCCUUCACCGCCUCCACCUAAGCCUUUUCCACCACCAAUGAGACCACCUUACCUUCCGGAACCACCAGACGAUUCCGACGAGAAACCUCGGUAUUUACCAAAUAUACCUCAUCAAGUACUACCUCACCAAUUUGGGCAUCCUAUGCCUCCUCCACGAUUACCACACGCACCAAAUAUGUGAAGAUGAAUAGUUUUAUUUUACAGUGUUAUUAUUGGUGGCUGUGACUUGAUUUAAUCGAGUUGUUACAAUGAAAUUGAAUAAAUUUUAAAACUGUU